AUAAUUGAAGCAGUUUUUUCUUGUAAUAAAUAAAUUUAUUAUUUCAUUAGCAGUUGAGGUAGAAAGUGUAAAUUAAACAAAAGAGAAAAAUGAAACUGUUAUACACUGUUAUAAUAUGGGGUAUACUACAAUUAAUGCUAAUAAAACCUUCUCCAGCCACUUCUUCAACCAAUACAAAUGCUCUAAAGGAACAGCUACUGGAUUUCUAUAGGAAAGAAUUAAAAUCUAUAUCGAGAAAUUUCUUGACAGAAGCAAAUAAUUUGUGUAAACAAUUACUAAAGGAUAAAAGAGUGCAGCAGGCCUCAACACCUGUUAUGAAAGAGUUUAAAAAGAAUAUAACCGAUUUCUUACACGAUUAUCCUAUGUAUAAACAUUUUGAUUUAGUAAACGAAUUGGCUCUACUAUUUGAUGAGAAAAUCCAUGAAACCUACAGCAACAACAAUGAUUUACAAUAUAUUUGGGAGUUAUUACAAGAACAGGGAUAUGAUAUUAUAAAUAUGAAUUAUGAGAGUAAAUAUGAAAAAUUUAUUAAACUAAAAUUUAUACCCAAAUUCAAAGAAGUCAAGGAUCAGCUAUCGCCGCAAGAGUUAAAGCAACACGAUGAAUUAUUAAACUGGUUUAAAGAGUUAAAAAUGUGUACGGAUUUUGAUUGCAUGUCGGAACAUUUCAAUACCUUUAUACUCAAGGACCAGACACCAAAAGAGGAGCUACAAGAGUACGUUCAAGAUCAGUUGGGUUUUCUUAAUAUGUUCUACUGCUAUACGGCCUUCGAGCUAUUGCAGAGUGUACUAAAAGAUCCGAAACUUCUGCAAAUUAGUACACCGCUUAAGCAUCGCUUGACUAUAGAUAUAAAUGAAUUCCUUAUGAAAUUUGAAAUUACUGAAGACAUUAAUGACUUACAGAAGGAACAUGAAAUUUUCAAUAGCACUAUCCUACAGAAAUAUUACUUUAAUAUGGAUAUUUCUAAACCGGAUCAUAACCUGAUUGUGGAAAUCUUUAAUGCACAUGGUUAUGCUAAAUUAUAUUUAGAUUAUGAAAUAAAAUUUAAAGAUUUCAUAGAUCGUAUUGUCCUCUAAGAAAGUUGAUGAAUUUAAAGCUAAAAUACUUCAGCAGACAAUGGAGCGAGAGAAAACCUCUACUGGACAGCUUGAAAAACUGAAAAGCUUAUAUCAUUACAAUGAGAGAUUUGAACAAUUUUGGGAUUUUUAUAAUUUGCUAUAAAUUAAUUGCGUGAAAUAAAGUAAAAUAUUAUGGA